CAUCAGAGACCAUUUGCCAGUUACAGUUCUCAUAAUUGUUCGUACACAUCCGAAAUCACUAGUGAAAAUAAAUUACACAACACGAUGUUCGUUAAGUCGAUAUUUUUUGCCACCUGCGUGAUGUCCACCCUGGCUCAGUACUCUGCGGUCCCUGCCUACACCGCAAUCCCAGCCAGCUACUCUGUCGUACCUGCCUACCCUACGGCUCCUUCGUACGCAGCCUAUUCAGCCCCGGUGUACACGGCAAAGGCUUACGCCCCCGCACCUGUAUACGUUUCGAAGACUUACGCCCAGGAGCCGGCAUCCGCACCGACUCCGUACAACUUUGAGUACAGCGUAAACGAUCCGUCUACGUACGAUGUCAAAAGCCAGGCCGAGUCCAGCGAUGGUAACGGCAACGUGAAAGGCUUCUACAGCCUAGUCGAGCCGGAUGGUUCCACCCGUACCGUAGAGUACACCGCCGACGACUACAACGGUUUCAACGCCGUCGUCAAGAAGGAAGGAGCAGCAUACACGCCAACCACCUACAAACCAGCACCGUAAAAGCCGUAUUGAACAGGGACGAAAAUGGUUCUAGUCCUUAUAGAGUCCCGGUGCCGCAGAAUUUGGUUUGCUGUCCUUGACACCAGAUACACCAGUCAUAUUUUUAUUUAUCUCAUGAUUUCUGUACAUAUGUUUUUUAUUGAUCACGCCAGUGUACAAAAACACAGUAGUCGUAUAUUCACAUUAUUUUAUCAUCCUACGAUGGCGUGUUGUUGUAACACUGAUUGCAUUGUAAAUAAACCACGAUCAUAAUAAUGUAAUAGAAACCUAUA